AUGGCCCCUAUCCAUCUGAAAGCGAAGUCUCAAUCAGAAGUAAACACCAAUGGUGCCGGACUGGACGUUCCCACUAUCGUCCGUACAGUGAUUGAUGACGUCCGUUCAAAAGGCGACAGUGCUGUUCGAGAUUAUUCACAGAAAUUCGACAAAUGGACACCUCAAGCUUUUAAACUAUCCGCCGGAGAAAUUAGCUCCAUCAUCGCUGGAGUGCCACAGCAAACGAUUGAUGACAUCAAAACAGUGCAACAUAAUGUGCGUACUUUUGCAAAUGCGCAGCGUGAGUCGUUGAAAGACUUUGAGAUGGAGAUUCGGCCUGGGGUGCAUCUCGGCCAGAAGAAUAUUCCCAUUGCAUCUGUGGGAGCAUAUAUUCCCGGCGGCCGCUAUCCUCUUCUCGCUUCUGCACACAUGACAAUUGUGACUGCAAAGGCGGCUGGUGUUGAGCGCGUCAUUGCUUGCACUCCACCCAUUCGUGGCGAGAUCCCUGCUGCGACGGUCGCUGCAGCCCAUCUUGCUGGUGCGGACGAGAUCUACAUCCUUGGGGGCACCCAGGCAAUUGCAGCUAUGGCUCUGGGAACCGAAACCAUCGGCAAAGUGGAUUUUAUUGCAGGGCCUGGUAAUCCAUUUGUCGCCGAAGCCAAACGACAGCUUUUCGGUGAGAUUGGUAUCGACUUGCCUGCCGGACCGACUGAAGUCUUGAUCGUGGCUGAUGAGAAAGCAGAUCCGGCUACUGUGGCAACAGAUCUGUUAAGUCAAGCUGAACAUGGGCCAGAUACCCCUGCAGUCUUGGUGACGAACUCGAAGAAGCUCGGUGAAGAGACCAUCAAAGAAGUGGACCGACAAUUGGCGAUCCUCCCAACCAGAGACUUGGCUGGCGUGAGUUGGAAGACGUUUGGAGAGGUAAUCGUGACCGAUACUCUAGACGAGGCAUUCGCUGUGGCAGAUACAUAUGCGAGCGAACACGUGCAAAUUCUGACUGAAGCCCCGAGGAAAGCCUUGACUGCAAUGAAAAACUACGGCGCGCUGUUCUUGGGAGAGAAGACGUGUGUAAGCUACGGUGACAAGUGCAUCGGGACUAAUCAUGUAUUGCCAACCAAAGGCGCUGCACGAUUCACAGGCGGCCUCUGGGUAGGCAAAUACCUCAAGACCGUAACUUAUCAAGAGGUGACAUCGGAAAAGGAGAGUGGAGAGCUAGGUAAGCUAUGUGGGAGAGCUGCAAGAGCAGAGCUCUUUGAAGGACAUGCGAGAUCUGGCGAUGUCAGAGCAAACAAAUAUCUUGAAGAGAAAUUUGAAUGGCUUUCGUAG